AUGGCAGAAGAGAAGAUUCCCGAGCUCGACGCCCGUAGCGACACGAUUGUUGAGCUCAACGCUCGCCGUCGGGCUGCCCUGGCUGAGGUGGACAAUGCGUCGUUCUCGUGGUUUCACGUAAAGAUCCUUGUCGUUACAGGGAUAGGGUUUUUCACCGACUCAUAUGACAUCUUUGCUAUUAAUAUUGCAGCAACGAUGAUCGGGUACGUCUACGGCAAGGGUCAACAGCUCUCCACGAAUCAAGACCUGGGUGUAAAGGUGGCAACGCCCGCUGGAACCAUCUUCGGCCAGCUUAUUUUCGGGUGGUUGGCUGACUACGUCGGACGGAAGCGCAUGUACGGUGUCGAGCUAAUGAUCAUUAUCAUCGGCACAUUUGGACAGGCGCUAGCUGGCGAAGCGCAUGCUGUGAACAUUAUCGCUACAAUAGUCCUGUGGCGAUUUGUCAUGGGUGUGGGCAUAGGUGGAGACUAUCCUUUAUCGACUGUCAUCCCCUCCGAGUUUGCCUCGGUCAAGAGCCGCGGCGCCCUGAUCACAGCUGUUGGCGCCGCUCAAGGCUGGGGUGCAUUCACUGGUGCCCUCGUCGGCCUGAUCAUAACUGCAGCCUACAAAGACUCGCUCUUACGGGACAACCCUGACAACCUCGUCACGCCAGACGCUAUGUGGCGCCUCCUUAUUGGGCUUGGUUGCGUCCCGGGCGCUGUCGCGCUGUACUUUCGCCUGACGAUACCUGAGACACCGCGAUUUACAAUGGAUAUCGAGCGCAACGUGAUGCAGGCGGCAGACGAUGUGGAACACUUCUUGAAAAACGGCACGUUCGUUGUAGAUCCAGAUGCGAUUGUGCAGCGUGUCGCUGCGCCACGGGCAUCGAGGCGCGAUUUUCGGCGGUAUUUCUCCCGUUGGAAGAACAUGAAGAUUCUAAUUGGGACAUGCUGGAGUUGGUUCGCCAUCGACAUCUCUUUCUACGGCCUCGGCCUGAACACUGCCAUCAUCCUGGAUGCCAUUGGCUUUGGGAGCCCCUCGCCCGACCUGACAGGCACGGCGGCCGUGUACGAGAACCUGCGCAACAUUUGCAUCGGAAACCUCAUCCUAACUGUCGCAGGCCAGAUCCCUGGCGCGUACGUUUGCGUGUUCACCAUCGACCGGUGGGGCCGCAAACCAAUCCAAGCAAUGGGCUUCGCUGUACUCGCCGUACUGUUCGUUAUUAUGGGCUUUGCGUAUGACAGACUUACUGCGAGCCCCGCUGGCACGCGCUUCUUCGUCUUCCUGUACUGCAUGUGCAAUUUCUUCUCGAAUUUCGGGCCAAACUCGACAGUCAGCGUGACUCCUGGCGAGGCAUUCCCGACACGGUACAGAGCCACGGCACAUGGCAUCUCUGCUGCCUCUGGCAAGGUCGGCGCGGUCAUCUCACAAGUCGGAUUUGCGCGCUUGAAGGAUAUUGGUGGUGAAGAUCACUUUGUGAAACAUAUUCUUGAGAUUUUUGCUUUCUUCAUGCUCUCAGGUGUGCUCUCGACGAUGUUGAUACCAGAGACGAUGGGGCGGUCGCUCGAGGAUAUGUCCAACGAGGAUCAGGAGGAGUUCAUCAAGGGUAUGGCCCACGUCAAGUAUCAGGGGGAAGGCGCACAAAACCACAGCGGAAGUUGA